AUGAUUGAAGAUUCACCAUUAUCUUGGUUGGAUUAUGCUAUAUUUGCGAGUUCUCUCUUACUAAGUAUUGGCACAGGAGUUUAUCAUGCUAUUAAAAGUCAAAUUUUGUUAUCAAGUGGAGCAGUGAAAACCUCCGAGAAAGAUGAAUAUUUGAUGGGGGGGAGAAAGAUGCCUUCCUUGCCUGUUGCUCUAUCUUUACUUACGACAUUUCUAUCAGGAAUUCUUAUGUUAGGAGUACCAGCUGAGAUGUUCCAACGAGGGUCGCAGAUUUGGUUAAAUUUCGUGAUAGGAGUAGCUUCAUCUAUCUGCACGUGUUUGAUAUUUUUACCUGUUUUUCAUAAAAUGAAGUGUACCUGUUUACAUGAAUACUUUAUCCACAGAUAUAAUUCCAUUUUAAUUCGCCAGUUGUUUUCAAUGCUUUUCCUAGCGUUCACUAUAGUCUACAUGUCCGUUGUUAUCUACGCACCUUCCGUAGCCUUAUCCCCAGUUUUAAAAAUUGAUAAAACUUAUUUAAUUUUGAUAUUUGGAUUGUGCACAACGCUUUACACUUGUAUAGGAGGAUUGAAAGCCGUGGUAUGGACAGAUUCUCUACAGGCUGUUCUGAUGUAUGGUGGAGUGUUUGCUAUCAUCUAUAAAGGUUUAUCUCAUCCACGAGUUGGAGGGUUCAGUAGAGUUUGGGAAAUCGCCAAAGUUAGUGGAAGACUCGAUGAAUUGAACCGCUUUGAUUGGCGAAUCGAUCAGUACAAUAGUACGUGGAUCAAUUUAUUCGCUGGUACAAUAACGUGGUUGGCUUCCUUCGGAGUGAAUCAACUAGCAAUUCAACGUUAUUCUAGUCUUCCGUCCUUAAAGAACGCACAGAAUAUAAUUUAUUACACUUUAAUACCAUUUGUUGUACUUGUUUCUACGGUCACGUUCAUAGGACUGAUUGUCCUGGCUUACUUCUAUGAUUGUAACCCUCUGGAGACGCAGCAAAUUCGAGAAACUGAUCAUAUCACCAUUCUAUUUGCCAAAAACGUUUUGCAGCCAACUCCUGGAUUGUUCGGUUUAUACGUAUCUAGCAUAAUGUCUGCCACGUUAUCAACUUUGAGUAGUGGUAUGAACAGUAUGGCUGCUGCUGUUUAUGAAGAUUUUUUGAAACAUAAAUUUGAUGGCAAAAUUACGGAUCGACAAGCAACUCGUCUCAACAAAGCAAUCGUGAUAUUUGGAGGUCUGUUAUCGACUGGAUUGGCGUUCUCAGCAGAAUCUUUGGGAGGAAUACUCAGAGUUUGUAUAAGUGUUAUGGGCGCUAUGUCUGGCCCAAUGGUGGCUAUUUUUGUUUUGGCCAUGUUCGUUCCACGCUCUGGGUUCUGGAGCUGUUUCAUAUCCUUUGUUGUAUCAAACACAAUAAUGUUCAUAAUCUGCUUAGCGAAUUAUAUUCAAGAUCCAUAUAGUCAGUAUUUCCUGCCAACAAAUUCAACAAUAAGCGGUUGUGGGGCUGCAAAUUUCACAAUACGUCAGGAACCAACGUUUGAUGGGCACUACGGUGAUCCAUCUUCAUGGUUUAUAUCAAGAAUUUCAACUUAUGGUUAUUCCGGUGUAGGAUUUGUCAUCAUGAUGGUAAUAGGAGUCUCUAUUAGCUUUUUUGAGAAAAAAACUGACACAUCAAAAAUUUAUCAUCUAACAUAUUAUGGCAGAAAUGAGCCAUGGCCAGAGAAGCAACAUGAGUUUGAUCAUUUCCUUCUGGAAGAUAAAGCGAAUUGA